AUGGACUUGAAUGAAUACAAAGAAAAUUAUUAUGAUGCAAAUAUUAUGAAAAGAAGAAGAGCUUAAUAAGAUAAAGUAAUGGUUACUCCAAUUUUGGAAGUCUUUAUGGAUAUUUGUAAAAAACUAGAUUAUGUAAUUAAAAUUAAUUUAAAAAGAGACAUCAAAAGAAUAUUUAUAGAUGGUAAUACCAAUUAAUGAAUCAAGAGAAGCUCUUUAAAAUACAGAUUAAAUUAUCUUAUUGAAUUAUUUAAAAUAGAUAGCUAUAUAUUUGAUAAAAUCUAAAUUAGAAUUAGAGGAUAAAUUGUGCUCUCUUGGGGAUAGCAAGUAAUUUGAAAUUGAGUUAUAGAAGAUGGAAGCAGAUAUAAGAUAACAUAUAAGAGUGCAAUAAUAACUAUAAAUUUUACUAGAAUAAGCUUAAUAAAAGCUAGAUGAAUUUGAAUCUGAAAAACUUAAAUCUGAAUAGUUUAUAACUGAAUUAAAAAAAAGUCUUGAUAAUAAAGAAAAAGAAUUGAUAACUAUUAAAAAUGAUCUUUAAGAUACAAAACAUAAAGCAAAUCAAAAAGCUCCAUUCUAGGCAACUAAAACUGAACCUAUACAAUCUUCUAUGGAUCACUUAGACAAUUUAUAACUUUUCACUUUGGUUGAGAAUUCUCCAAAUAAAAAUAAUUUUAAUUAAGUUUAAGCUGCCAUUCGUAAAGGUCGUAAUCAAUAAUUAAGUAAAGAACCAUAAAAACCUAAAGGUGAUAACACUCCUUAAUUAAGUAAGUGUUGUUCUAUAAUAAAAGAAUCUUAAAAUCAAGACUCUCCAGAUAAAAUUGCACGAAAAUAUUCAUAACCAAAUUAUAUGGAGAUCAAUGCUCUGAGAUAGUUAAUUAAAAAACCAUGGUAAAUAUAUACAUUAAUUUCUAAAGUCCUUUAAAUUAGAGAAAUGAACCUUAGAGUUUUAGAAGUAUUAGUUAAGAGCCUUAAAGAAUCCCUAAAAAAUGCUGA